AUGCGCCGACACGACGGACAAUCACUGAAUUCUGUCGCUGUGGAAACCACCUUCGAUUUGGCCAACUUCGAUGCCAGCAGUUCGGGCAAUUGUUACUGGCCCAGUGCAGAAAAUUUCUCCCACACUCAGACCCAAACAAUUUGUGAUGCGAACACAUUGGAGCAGUGGUUCAGCACCGAUGUUCAGACUCAGACAUGCAAAAAUAGGCCAGUCGCUGCUUCUAGGCUGCAGGAAUCCAACUGGACGCAUUCCAGCAGUGGGGAAAAGAUCGUAUGUGGCAAAGGAGCAAUGAAGAAGUAUAAUCCCCUUAUUCAACUCACGGGACACGUUGCAGGGGGUCGUUCUUCGAAUAAUUUAAAUUUCAUCCGGUUUUCUAGUAUUGUAUCAAUAUCCGAAAUUCGUAUUAUUCCUUUUGGGUCAGUGGUUGAAAGUAAACAAUCAGAUGAAGGAGUUAUUGGCACUACGAAUCCAGAUAAAUUUAAGAUACGAUUUUACUGCUACAAUGAUACAACUGCUCCCACCCUUUUUCAAAUAGCCGAGUUUAAUUAUAACGAAUCCAAAGGUAUAAAUAUUGUUCCUCUACCUCAACCGGUGCCGUCCAAUAUUCUUCUCUUACGGGGAGACUAUUCAACAAUAACUGUAGCUGUAUUUGGCUUGCCAUAUUUUCCAGCUCUUCAACAGACUGGAAUUGCUGUUCCAAACUUUUCUGUUCCCCCUCCACCGCUUGUUCCGAGUGGACCUGGAUUUCCUUUAAUGGGAAGCGUUCGACCUCCUUUUACCAAUCAGGUGCCAACAGUCUCCUUUGGUCAAAGCCGGUCUGAAUCAUCAAAAGCUCAACCUCCUGUUGAUACACCUAAUGUUUCUAGAACUUCUGGGUAUUCAAACAUUUAUGUAUCUCCAGCGGCUAAAGAAGAACCAUUGGCAACUGUUUCUAAUGAACCACAGCCAAACAUAGAGAAGAAAGAUUCUAAAGAAGAUGAAUAUGAACAGGAAAUCUUAAAUAAACCUAAAGUUUCUAACAAAGAAGCUAUUCAAAUGGGCGAUGAUAUUAAAUCUGAAAAUAUUUUGGCUCUUGAUGACCCUUUAAUGAAGCCCGCAAAAUGGACAUUUAAUCCUGUUGAUUUGCUCGACAUGUCUGAGGUUUCACUUCCAGCUGUAAAACGGAAACGUCUUCCGAAUCCGUCUUUUGCCCUUUAUGAAAUCUAUAGGUGGGUUCUUCAAUCCGAUGGUCCUAACUCAAUGACACUUGAGGAAUCUUACUCAAAUCUGGAGUCUUCCGACCUGUCUAUGUUAGGAACGCCACCUUCAGACCGAAGUAAUGCUGAAAAAGACGCCAACAAGCUUUUUGAACUUUGCAAAUCCUAUGGUCAAGCGGAAAGCAAAUUUGAAACAGAAUGGCUAAAUGCAAUUGAAGAAAUUAUACCCUCUUUACCUUCAGCGUUGGCUUAUCUCUCCCUUUUCGAACCCGACAUCUUUGAAACUGUCAGCACUUGUCUGGUAUCUUGGUCUCGCACCGGUCUACAACUUGACAGCGCUCUACGCCAGCCAGAUUCCGUUGACAUUUUGCGUCACCUUCGAGUUGGUAUUGAUCUCACUGGUGUCCUCCUCUCAAUCAUCUCCUCCUCCAUACCGUCUACAUUUCAACUGUUCGACAUCCUUCUCGACCUCUUUGAAUCACCUCUCAUUUCUUCACCCCUUCGCCUUGAAAUUAUUGUUGCUCUGGAGCGAAGUUUGAGUACCGGGGUUUCUGGUUUCAAAGCUCUUCUUAGUGAGAGAAAAGGCAGUGAUAAUACACUCCCUCCUUAUCAAAGAAUUGUGAAGUUUUUGACUGGCACUAAUAAGUCUGUUCCGGUGUCAUUGGCUUGCAAUAGACUAUUGGCUAAAGUUCGUUUCUAUGAUACACUCCUGCAAUUUGAUGACUUUAUGAAGAGUCUGAAAACUUCCACGAGCGGGGUUACAUCUGUGAAGGAAGUGAUCGAGAGGGAGAAAACUCUCGCAAUCUUUCUUUCGACUAUUUCUCGAGCUAUCUCCGAUCCCGGUGCAUCCCCUUUGCCGAAAGACGUCGCGAGACUGCAAUUUAUGAAACAAACCUCAGACCUAUGUUCCGUUCUCUAUAAGCUCUUGGACUCUAUACACCUUUUGGAUCAUAUAGUUUGGCUAUUGGAGCAGCAACAGUCAGCCAAGCCAACCAAAAUGACUUCGGAACAGUCAACACAAGGCAUCCUUUCUGCUCUCCUUUCUACAUCGGCUGGUCUUCUCUUUCUCGCCUCCUCACCGGCUUCCGCUAGUCGUAUUGUGCGAGCACUGGUGUUGCCUGUGUCACCACCCUCGUCUCAACAGAGUCAAUUGUCCUCCAAACAACAGCUUCAUCCUUUAGGUGGCGAAAUGGUUGUGAAAUUGGAGACAUUGGCUUGUGUCGACAGGCUAAUCAGCCUAACCAGACGCAGUGGUGAAACAGGUCUUCAUCGUUACUUCUCAUCUGCCACCUCAUCGGCUCCUGAUGAUUCCGAUGAACUUUACAACGCAGUUUUCUCCUUGGCACGACUAUUUCUCAGUCCGGACUGUGCUUCUUGGGCUGCCGAAGUAUUGUCUGCCAAUCAAGGCAAGGCAGAACCCACAAGCAUAAAAAUGGAAGAAGAACCUGAGACUGAUACAUCCCCUAGCAAGACUCGUAACGGCUCACUUUCUCGUCUGGGAUUAUCAGAGGGGAAAAUUGAAAUUGAAAGUCUUCUUUGCACCAUUGCUAUUGGAGUUCUACGCCAUGCUUCCAAUCCUGCCUAUCUAGAGCGUUUUGCGCCAAGACUUCUUCGUAUUAUUCAGAAUACUCAGUUGGAAGAUCGUGUAUCCAGCCUUUCACCGUCUGAACUGUUUUCCUACCAACGGUCCUUCAUUUCCGCAGGAACACCUUGGCUCUCCUGGCUUCGAGAUGCACCUAGUGCGGCCAUCUCAAUUCCCGAGUCCUGUGAACUGUUCUCCUGGUAUUGUGAUCAAGUAGCUCCUCUCACUGAGGUGCUUGAAGAUUCUACUCAACCUCCGCCUUCCUUACUGCUUCUUCUUCGAUUCAUCCGAUACAAUCUUUCAGAUUUGGAAGUUAUUGAACUCUACGCCAAGGAUGGAUUGCCUGGCAUUUCCAGUCUGGUUGAUAUUACUGCUGAGAGAUUGAUGCUACCUUCUUCAGUGGAGAAUCCGGUGGCUGGAUUGUUGAUGGAUAUGAUGGCAGAAGGAGUGGCUAUUCUUGAUGUAUUUGUUAAUGCACUUGUUGAUGGUAUUGGAGAUGAUUUCAGAGAUCGGACUCCGGUGAUGCCAGUGUGCAAAGCGUAUGCUGCUGCCUCUGCGUUGAAGAACAAGGGGACCAGUGGAAAGAUCCAAAAGAGGGCUCUUAAUUGCAUAUCUGCCUAUGCCAAUGCAUGCCAAGACGAAGAAAUCCCUGAAGGUACUUAUUUUAAGAUGUUUCUGUUCUUGUUUGCUGGGAGUGUAAAAGACAUUUGGUCAUCCGUUUGUCGAGAUAUAUUCGCCUUCACCACUUCCUCUCCAGUCUUCUUUCUUCCCGGCCUUCAGCUUCUCCUUGACUUGCUUCCUCUCCCUUUGCCUGUCGCUUUGUUUGAUGAACUCUCUCCAUCAGAUCGAAGGAGUCUUCUCUCCAAACGUGACUGGUGGUGCCGUCGACUGACCCGUGACCUUCCCACGGAGGUUUGUGGUCUACUGGAGAUCCUCAGUGCGAGCCCUCCUCACACUUCUCUCCAUCGCCACCUUGUCCUCUUUUUGGAACGAAUUGUCUCUUUGGGACCCUCUUCAACUUCCCUCUGUCAGAUGAUUGCCAGUUCUGCGGUUGAAACAGUUGUUGAGGUGUAUACUACAGCUGGCACUGAUGUCAAUAAUCCGAACAGUGAUAUUUUUGACGCUGACACUCAUCAACUGGAAUUUGGCGAUUCGGUAGAGCUUCCCUCAUUGUCGGCCCUCAAGACAUUAACAGCGAGGACAAGGUUGGUUUUGGGAUCUCAGCAACCACCAACCGUUUCAGACCAGCUAAUCUCAUCAUCAACUAAUGAAGAUGACGACAAAUUUACAACCUUUGGAAGUAUCAGCAAUGUCUCUGAGAUUACGCAUUCUCUCGCCUAUCUUCAUCUUAUAGUUCGACUUCCGAUCGGCAAACAGGCCUUGUUGGAUCUAACUCGAAAGGAGAGAUUUAAAGAGCACCGAAUUCUCAAGAUCUUUUCUUCCAUUAUGGAGGGGCUUUAUCAUGAUGAAUCCCCAUAUUUCUCAGCUCAGAUAAAACUUCUUGACUGCAUUGAGUGUUUGCUAGAUUCCAGUUUGGGUCUGGGUAAAGCAAGUGAAAUAGUUUUUGAUCUGACCAAUCAUCUUCCGUCAGUGGAGUGGACGAGUGAUUUGAUUGGCUGCUUGCUUACCCAUCUUCAUCCCAUUGGACGCGCCAGCACAACUUCAGCCGAUAGGAUUCUUCGUAUUCUGAAUCGGCUGGCUCUUCAUGAUUUCGGAUUUGCAAUUAUUCAGAGACAUCUUUGUCAAAAGCAACAUGAACGCGUGUUCGCCAAUCUUCUCCAAGGUCUUGUGGAUAACUUGAAUAGUGCAAACGUAAGCAUCAUCUGUCAGACGAAUUUGAGGAAUUUCAUCCUUUUUGCUAGUACCCUUCUUGCUGAUCCGAUAGUUGCUGACGAAGCUCUACUUGCGGCUUCUGCCGACACUUCUGCAGUGUCGGCAUUGUCAGAACGUCACCUUCGUCUUCCCACUUUGCGCCUAAGACAGCUGCUUCAUGGUGGAACUAAGUCUGAAAGUCUUUUAAAGGAGGUCGUUUUUCGUCUUGAAUGUCGUUUAAAAUUCUGCGAAAUUUGCCUCUUGAUUGGCUACAACUAUUGA